UCUUCCCCCGCUCCACACCCAGCGGGAAAGCUCUCCGGGGUUUUGUGGUUAAACUUCUCUUUUCAGACGGUCACAUCGAGGAUCAGACGUCCCUCACGUCCUCCCCCCCCCCCCCCACCGCACUUCUGUUAUUUAUUUUUUUCUUUCGGUUGCGUGGAAACUAGAUGCCGCACCGCGAGGAGCGCCGCGCUGAGGGCGCAUCCCCACCGGCGCGUCCCGGCUCUCCGGCACAAGUCUAAGAACCCGAAUGGAGGCUGGAGACGGAAAUCGCGAUCCGAUCCGCGGGAGCGUUCCACCUCCGGAGGCGCGCGUCAUGAGGAGGGCAGCGAACGGGACACUGAAAAGCUACUGGGGAGGUUGAUGAGGACUUCGCCCGGCCCCCCCGCAUCCAGGUGGUCCUUCCUCGAGCAUGCACGUAUCCCACAAUGCCCCUUCUUUCAGACUGGUUACUGCGCCACCUGGUGGUCAUGUGUUUGCUGCUGCACAGCCUGGUGCUCGUGACCUUUUGCUUCCACGAUGCUGCUACCGGCUGCUCCGACGGCUGCUACUGCUCUGAGAGCGGCAGCGGCGGGAAGACGGUGCGCUGCAGCAAUCUGCAGCUCACGGAGAUCCCCCAGGAUAUUCCCAACGACACGCGACACGUGUACCUGGACUUCAACCUCUUCACCGCGGUCCCAGCGAAUGCUUUCGCAGAUUUGCCCUACCUGGUCGAACUGGAUCUAUCGCACAACGAAAUAAGCCGGUUGGAGCCAGGGGCGUUCAGGGGCCUGGGCUCCACGCUACAGUUCCUAGACAUCUCUUCGAACAAGUUAGUCAACUUUGACCCUGAGGCCUUCGAGGGCCUGCGGGCUCGCGCCAACCUCACGAACAACCCGUGGCAUUGUGACUGCAACUUGCAGAUGGCCAUGCCCCGCGUGGACCUGGAGCCGGCGUCGCUGACGGGCAUCGUGUGCCAGACUUCGGAACCGGAGCAAAUAGGAGUUCAGGGACUCGCCUUCCUGUUGGCACCGGACAUAGACCUGUGUGUGGUGAUGAAGAGGACUACAGAUGUGGCCAUGCUGGUCGUCAUGUUCGGCUGGUUCAGCAUGGUCAUCUCCUACCUGGUCUACUACGUCAGGGCUAAUACAGAGGACGCCCGCAGACACCUGGAGUAUCUCAAGUCGUUACCCGGCAUACAGGGCAAGUCAGAGGAGUCCUCCACCAUUAGUACGGUGGUGUAGGGCGGACGGCGGUGUACGUGGGACCGUCAGGACCGUCAAGCCUGCGCCAAAUAGGAUGGAGCCACAACCCACAACUACGGUCAUCAUCCCUCUCAGACGGUUUCGCUCUAUUGUUGCCAAGGUGGGCCAUAGGACACGUGCAUCUGCACUAGAAAACCGGGCCGAUGCAACCGAUGAAUAAUUGACGUUUCAGCGACCCAUUAGGAGGUUUUGUUGGCUCGGUUGAUGGUCUGGUCUGUGCGCUGAGGGAGUGAAAGCAGCAGCAUGUUUUGGGAUACAAAUGGGAUUCGUUCAGUGGUGCGUGCGUCUACGGGAGAUUCAUAUGGCUCACGCGGA